AUAUUAAUUGUGAUUUCGAAAAUUUCAGUGCAACUGUUGAAUAAAUUUCAAAAAAAAAAAAAAAAUAGUUUUGCCAACUAAUGCCAAAUAUAUUUAUUUGUAAUAAAUUCAUAUUGGAAAAAGAAGUGUUGUUUUGAAUACCUUCAAGUUAUCAUGUAAGAGUGACUUUUGUAAAUGAAAUGCUUGUAAAGAAAAAAAUUUAUAUAACUGUAGCAUAAGUGUUUAAGAUGCAAUCUUUAACCAAUUUAUUAUUUUUUAUAUUAUUGCUUUGUAACGGAAUAUUUUCAUUAUCGGACGAGACAGAAAAUGCCAGUUAUCGAUGGCCAUCAAAGAGAGAAGAGGUAUUGGAUGAAAUAAAUGACGCUCAAAUAUUAAAAGCGGUUCAAGAUUCUAUGAAGGAAUACAAUGUAAAAAUUUCGAAAAACAAAAGAGCUAAAAGAUCAACUAAAAGGGUUUGCUAUGAUGAACUGGGAUGUUUUGAAGAUUCUGGCCCCUUCAGUUACUUGGAAAUGCUUCCAUCUCACCCAGAAGAUAUAAAUACAAAGUUCUUUUUCUAUUCUGCCAAAAAGAGGACCGAAAGGCCUCUUUUUCAGAUACCAUGGAAAAAUAUAAGCGAAGCUUUUACACCAAAAACUUCGGUUAAUGACGGUACAACAGAGGAUCCAACUCCGUUUUCGAAGACAUCUUUUACUUUAGAUGAUUUGACUGGUUUUGAUGAAUUACAAACUAAAGUGAUCGUACACGGCUUUGGUUCAGCUUGUCCACAUGUAUGGAUUUAUGAAAUGAAAACUGCAUUAAUGGCAGUUGAAAAUUGUAUUGUAAUUUGCGUUGAUUGGGAAAACGGAGCAACUCUUCCAAAUUAUGUAAGGGCCGCAACAAAUACAAGACUUGUCGGAAAACAACUUGCAAUGCUUUUAAAGAAUUUAAAUAAACAUAAAGGACUUGACUAUUCAAAAACCCAUAUAAUUGGCUUUAGUUUGGGAGCACAUGUUGCUGGAUUUGCAGGUGCUGAACUACCGGGUUUGAAUCGUAUAACAGGAUUGGAUCCCGCUGGUCCUCUUUUUGAAUCUCAACAUCCGAAAGUACGGUUAGAUAGUACUGAUGCAGCUUUUGUUGAUGUAAUACAUUCGAAUGGUGAAAACCUGAUACUUGGUGGGCUAGGAUCGUGGCAGCCUAUGGGUCAUGUUGACUUUUAUCCGAAUGGAGGAAGAGUGCAAACUGGUUGCUCUAACUUGUUUGUUGGAGCGGUUACGGAUUUCAUUUGGUCACAAGCAGCUGAAGUUGAAGGCAGAUCAUUAUGUAAUCAUCGAAGAGCUUAUAAAUUUUUCAUUGAUUCUGUUGCGCCGAGAUGUCUUUUUCCAGCAUUUGCUUGCACAAGUUAUGAUGAUUUUUUGGAGGGAAACUGUUUUCCAUGCGAUCUUCUUCAAUCACGGUAUAAUAGUAAUAUAUCCAUUUGUGGAAAUAUGGGCUACUAUGCAAAUAAAUCUACCGGAAAAGGUCAACUCUAUUUAUUGACACGUGAAGAGGAGCCAUUUUGUGCUCAUCAAUUUAAAUUACAAAUAUUCAAUUCCAUAAAUGAUUUACCUUUGAGAACCAUAGGCAAAAUAGAAGCAACCCUUGAAGGUGAAGGUGGAUUGAAUGAGACGUUUUUGAUUACUGAAAAAGAAGACACGGAAUUUUUUGCUGGACAGAAAAUUUCUAAAAUUAUUGUUCCACAUCCGGCACUUGGAUUCCCUUCAACGUUAAUACUGCAGUACAAAUCGUAUAGCGGGUGGUUAUCAAAAGGAUUACCUCACUGGGAUAUUGACAAAAUUGCGUUAACUGAUAGCUUCGGUAGAACACUUUCAUUAUGCAGUCCACUUUUGUCGCUCAAAUCAGGGAUACCAGUUACCUUCAAAUUACAACCUAAUGAUUGUGAAUUACCUAAAUCCAUAGAAAUUUCAACUGCUUCACUAAACUUGUCUUCCGAGCAGUCUAAUGAAAAAGUUCCUGGGAAGUAUUUUGAAGAAAAUAUUCUUGAUAAAAAUAAAAUUAAAAAUGAUAUUCUGACUCUAGGAGCAAAUUAUGCAAUUGAAGAAAAAUCUGAUCAGAAAAAUUAUCAUAGUUCGCAUGAAAACAACAACUUGUUAUAUCAGCCACUUCAAGAAGGAUCAAAUGAUUUGGAUAAAGAAAAUAUUGAACAAAGUAGAAGUUUAAGAAGUCCUGAAAUUUUCGAACCAGUCUUAAAAAGUUCAUCUACAUAUCAAAAAGGGAGAAAUUUACACAGUUUUGAAAAUGAUAGUGAAAUAAAAGAACCAAUUCUAAAAGCCACUACACCAAAAUUAAAUAAAAAUUCAGGGGAAGAAAAACAGAUUGAACAGAAAACUGAAACAGAAAGUAAUAGAUCGGAGGGAGAUGUAAUUACAAUUCAAAUAUUUCCAUUUAAAAUUGGAGAAUUAUUUGAAAGAGCCGAAAGAUAUGCAAGAGAGACAAUUUUACCUAUUUUCUCAGAACAAGCACCAAAGUUAUUAGGUUUCAUUAUGGAUAAAAAAGAAGGGGAAAGAAAACCAAGAUUUAUUAAAGAAUAUGAUAAAGGUUUUAAGAAUGUGCAAAAAUCAGAUAUUCAAAACAAUGGAGAAAUUGGAUACAAAACCAAUACUCAAAUAUCGCCCAAAUUUAACUUUAUGAAUUAUAGAGCUUUAAAAGCAAAUGAUCGCAGUGAUUUAGAUGUAUCAGAAACAAUUCAAAUUGGAAGUUUUGUACCCGUUCAUAUAGAUUUACCAACAUAUCGUCCAAAUAUAUUUUAAGUAUUCUUAUAUUAUUUAGUAGUUAUAAUUUUGUUUGCAAAAUAAUUAUACAAGUUACUAAAGCCUGUAAAUAUGUAUACAACUUAUAUAUAUAUAUAUACAUUAGUAUAUAUAUACAAUUUAUAUGUAAUUAAGCAUAUUAUGAUGUUUUUUUAUAUUUUUAUAAAUUUUAAUCAUCCAAUACAA